AUGGAAAUUUCUGCUCUCCCAGAUCAUCAAGAUCUCCUCUUGACAGGAAAGAACGUUCUCAAUGAAACCGUCCUCGACAAGUACCGUCUUGCCGGACAAAUCUCCCAGACUGCUCUCAAAUACAUUAUCUCAUUAAUCCAUGAUUCGUAUCAUUUGGGAAAAACUUCUCCUCCAUUGACUCCUGUCGAACUUUGUUUGUUGGGGGACUCUUAUCUUUAUACCGCCUUAUCCUCAGUUUACCAAAAAUCAGUAACAGAAAAAGGGAUUGCCCAACCAGUUUCCAUCGAUGUCAACGAUGUCGCCGUGGGGGUUUCGCCGGAAAUUGGCACCACCGCUGAGAAGAUCAACAGAGCUUUUGUUCCAGGAGAUAUUGUUAAGAUCUCUUUGGGGGCUCAUGUUGACGGGUACACCGCUAACGUCUCCCAUACUAUUGUCAUUUACCCACCAAGUACUGACGCUAGUGAACCAAAACCUUCUGGUCCAUUACUCGGGUCUAAAGCCGACGCCAUUUGUGCUGCUUAUAUUGCCACCGAGGCCGCCAUUUCUUUGUUAGGAUGUGCCCUUAGUCCAGAAAAGUUGCCAGGUGCCUAUGCUGGCCGUGGUAAAGUUACUGGUCAAAUGCUCAGAGAAGUGGUUGAUGGGAUCGCCAAAAGCUUUGGAUGUGUAGUGGCCCCUGGAUCAAAGAUCAGAAGAUUGAGAAGAUUCUUGGCUGGACAAGCAGAAAAUAUCGUUGCCGAAAAAGAUUUCAAAGGGGUGAUUUGGUCAGAAGCCCACCAAGAAUUUGCGAUGUUGCAAAAAUCCCAAAAGUUGAACUCUGAACAAUCUGCAUUGGUGUCGGUGGACAACCAUCAGAAUUUUAAUAAAUUGGGGGUUAGUGAAUCCAGUGCCAUCCCAACUGAUAACUUUGUGGUGGUUGCCGGUGAAGUGUACUCUGUAGAUAUCCGUAUGGCCUCAGUGUCGAGGUUUGAAGCGGCAGGGUUGGUGACUUUGCAGAAUAUCGACGAAUUCAGCGGGAAAAACAACAGCAAGGACGAUAUUGUUGCGAAAUCAGACGUCUAUAUAAGAGACUUUGCCAUGAACUAUACUCUCAAACUCAAAUCUUCCCGUUCGUUGUUGAGCAGAGUCGAGAAGACCAGUUCAGUAUACCCAUUCAAAUUGGCCCACUACGCCGACUCUUUCCCAAUUAAGACCACCCUUAGUGUCGAUGAACAAAGAUCACUUUUGGACCAGGUCCGUAAAGACAUCAAUAAACAGAAGUUGGGGCUCAGUGAAUGUGUGAACAACCAUUUGAUCGUUGCUAAAAAAAUGCACUUGGCCAAGUUCUUACCACUCGAUGUGAUUUUGAAUAGCAGUAAUGAGAAUGCCAGAAACUCUGGGGCUGACUUAACCUUGAUGCACAACACUUUGCCAGGGUUCGAAGUUCCUUUACCAAAACUCGGGAUCACUCACUUGAAAUUACGUUCCCUCAUCAAGCAUGCCGAACCAAUCGAUGUGGCCAGAGAAAGCGCCACUGUGGUAUUGGACAACUUUGACAACGAAAAGAGAGUUGUACGUCUUACUGGUAGCACCAAGUUUUUCCCAGCUAACUGGGUUCACUCAGAUUUCAAGUUACAAGACGAAACCACUGAAGCAUUGAUCAAGUUGACACAGGACCAAAGAUUCGGGAUUAAGGUGAAGGAGUGUCAACCAAUGAAGUUGACUGAUAUUAAGGGUGCCGCAGGUGACCAAAUGGCCUUGGAUUGA